UCGACCCAUUCUCGAAAGUUCCGGAAACCACUAGAACGAAAGUUUGUAUAUAUGGACUGCGCAGCUUACGCGACACUUUAGUACGUAAGAAGAGGUGUUAAAUGUUGUUUCGUCUGAUCUGUCAGAAGCGAACAUUUCAUCGAUCUACGUAAUAUCCAAAAGAACUCAGUGAAUUUAGUGCCAAUUGGAUUGUAUUGUUUAUUGAGUAACAAGAAUAAUAACGGAAUUACAAUUCUGUCAGAUGUUCGCGGGGAGAAAGAUGGGCGACUCAAAACGGGGAGUUGUUCGCGUAUGUUCGUCACUUAACUUUAAUGAUCUACAAAUAUUUGAGACCAGUAAUCAAUGGGGAAGGACUACUACAGGAUAUUAGGCAUAAGUCAAAAUGCCAGCGAUGACGAAAUCAAGAAAGCCUACAGGAAGCUAGCCUUAAAGUAUCAUCCUGAUAAAAACAGAAGUGCCGGUGCAGAAGAGAAAUUCAAGGAGAUAGCAGAGGCUUAUGAAGUACUUUCUGAUGCCAAGAAGAGGGAAGUUUAUGACAAGUUUGGUGAAGAAGGACUGAAGGGAGGAGCUGGAACAGCAGGAGGUGGUGGCGGUGGCACAUCAUAUGCGUUCCAUGGAGAUCCAAAAGCGACGUUUGCUCAAUUUUUCGGUUCUGCUAGUCCCUUCCAAACCUUCUUCGAAUUUGGUGGGCCUAUUGGGAACCGAGUAUUUAGUUUCCACGAUGACGACAUGGACAUAGAUGAUAUUGGUCUGGGUGUUGGUCCUCAUCGUCCAGGCGGUCAAGGGGGUGCAUUUAGAUCACAUUCAUUCAACUUUGUAGGCCCCAACUCUGGCAGAGGAGGUGGCAAAGAUCGUGCUCAAGAUCCUGCUAUAGAGCAUGACUUGUACAUCUCGUUGGAAGAGAUUCUACGCGGAUGUACAAAAAAAAUGAAGAUCUCAAGGCGGGUUGUACAACCUGACGGCACUACGAAAAAGGAGGACAAAGUUCUCACGAUCAACGUGAAACCUGGAUGGAAGGCUGGUACGAAAAUCACGUUCCCGAAAGAGGGUGAUCAAGGUCGUGGAAAAGUUCCGGCAGAUAUCGUUUUCAUUAUUAGGGACAAACCACAUCCUCUGUUUAGAAGGGAAGGAAGUGAUAUACGAUACAUCUGCAAGAUAAGCUUAAAGCAAGCCCUAUGUGGUACUAUAAUCGAAGUUCCUACGCUCACCGGUGAAAAAAUUAACCUAAAUCUGACGAGAGAAAUCGUUAAACCUAAUUCGGUCAAGAGGAUUCAAGGUCACGGCCUACCAUUCCCGAAAGAACCAUCAAGGAAAGGUGACCUUUUGGUUUCGUUCGACAUCAAAUUUCCUGAAACAUUAUCGCAAAGUGCAAAGGACAUACUAUAUGAUACUCUGCCAAAUUGAACUGAAAAAUGGAAAAAAACUGGAUAAAUGUCAUCACAACGACAGUCCUCUAAUCGUCCCAAUUGACGAGACUAAACACUCGUGUACGUUCUAGUACAUAACGCGUGGUUAGAGAGCUGUGAAAGAUAUUUGUCAAAAGCGAAGCGAAUAAUAAUUUUAUCUCAUAGUUAGGAAAAUGUGAUUUUUCCGUUUAGUCAAACGUGUAAAAAAUCAGUUUCUCGAUUUGAGUUUAGGCUGGCUUGUUUUCGUUGAUAUUUGGAACAAAAGAGAAUGAAGAAUGGAAAUAGGUUGUUUAAGUCGUACAGUGAAAUGUACAUUACCUUGACACGCGGGAAGAAAGAUCCUAAAUAAUGAUUAAGAUCGAGUAUGUUAAGUUAUAUUGAUUUAAUAGUAAGAGUUUGUUACAAUGUAACUUUGUAUGAAUGCGAUCUGAUUAUUUUAUUCAUUCUGUACAUUCAGAGUAACUAUUAUGUACACACGUUGAAUGAAUGAGUGUGUUUGCGUACGAAUGUAUGGUUUCUGUAAGUAUUGUUUCGAUAGCGCAAAUGUGUUGACACAUCUCGAUUCGUAUGAAAAGGUAGUUUCUGUGAAAGUAUGACAAAACGAGCCACCACCGUAAUUGUGUUCAGUCAUAAGUUAUUUUCAUUUAUUUAAUGUAUUCGUAAUAUACAAUUCGAUCUUUGUUUCUUGUAAAAUAUACGUGUACGAAAUAAAAGUAUACCGGUAUUAUAAACGUUUGCUUAUAAAAAUUCUAGGAUUUUACUGUUUCUGUUUAUUCACAAUGAUCAGUGGAACGUUUUGUCAUACGGAAGCAGACGUGCACAUGAACGAAACUAUUUGUAAUAUCGAGCUGAUCGUUUUCUUAUGUAAUGCGUCUUCUUAAUUUUAAUGGUUGGUUAAUUAUUUGUACGCUAAAAUAAUAUCGAUACAAUUAAGUGA